CAUUUAAAAGAGUGCUUCAGAAAGGUUUUGUGUGCUGUGCAUGUGGAUUGGCAGCAUGGUUAUGGUCCCUCCCCCUCAAAGGAUCACUCUUAAUCCCUGAUAAUCUGUUCAUCUAAGGAGCUCAGCCAGUCAUGGCUGCACCAGGGGAGAAUUUGCUUUCAGUUGAGCAUCUUACAAGCAUGGAUCAAAAUGCUUUUACCAAACAAAGAGAGCUCUUUAUAAAGAAAAGCAGAGGGAUGCAACUUCAGCAGCGUCUGCAGGAGCUGAAGGAGAGAGAGCGCAGAGCCCAGCAGCACAACAGGCAGCUUCUCCUGCAGUUUGAGAGAGCCCAGGAGACACUGAAGGAGAUGCUGGCCUGCAACGCUGCCAUGAAAACUAUACGGGUUACAGGAUGCACACAGCCAGCACACAAACACAACAACCUGCACUGUCAGAUUCUCAAACCGUUUUUAUCUAGCACCAAUCAGAGCGAGACAGAGCAGUUCUGUUGCUGGUGACAGAUACAGUGACAGUAAAGGCAUUAAAUUAAAUUAAAUUCAGUAACUAGGAGAUGUUUUAAAGUAACUCAGGAUUGAAAGUUUGUCUUAGAUUUUAACAGUUAUUUAAAUGUACACUUUAACAUUUUCAGAUGGAGUACGAGCGGUACCUGGAGGAAAACCUCCACUGCUGGCAGCAGCAGCUUCAGGAGAAAACUGAGGCCUCUCACAAGAAGAGAAUGGAAGAUUGUUUGAAGUCUUAUCUACAGCACAGUAAAGAUCAAGUCUCAACAGCAACAGUUGGUGAGCCUCUGAUUUCACAAGAUCCUUCCAUAAAGGCUCCAAACGUUGAUGCUCCUCAAACGUUUCCCACCAAAGGAAGCUCCGCUUAUAGCCGAGAUCGUUCCUCCUGUCAUCCCCAUCAGGAGUCUUCCUGGUUAACCCAAGCAGGCAUGCCUCCAGGGUUCCUCCAAACACCUUUUCAACCCCAGAGUCCCUCACCUUUCCCUCCACCCAGCUUCCCAUAUCCUCACCCACUUCUGCUGCAACGCCUCACCUUCCCAUUCGAUCACCAUCAGCUGUGGGUCAGCUCUGAAGCUGCAGGCCGCCCUCCUGAACGCUACAGUCACCCCUGCUCUGACGGGAUCGCUGCGGGAUCUGCAGGUCAGCUCCACACCGAGGAACCGCCAGCGUCGAGUGCUUCUCAAAUUGUAGAGCGAGAAAAUGAGACGAGCGCAGCAAAUUCAAAGAGGGUGAGAGGUGGCGGAGGCGGAAGGUGUUUGUCCUCUGAGCUCGACAUUAAACCAGUCCGUCUCUCUAGUGGACAUGUGGAAAGCAGUGAGAGCGGCAGAGACUCCAGUUUGACCAGCAGAGAAAAGAAGAAAAGAGAGAAGAAAGGAAGAACAGAGGCUUCGUCCUCAGAGUCAGAAAGAUCUGGUUCUCAGAGGUCAUCCAGGACUUCCAGUGAGGUCGUCGCUGCCUCCUGCGCCGUCGCCCUGGACUCAGAAACAAACUGCUCCUCUGAGGAAGGAGGCACAGCAAGCAGGAGGAGGUCAGAGCGAGGCAGGGGGGUCAAUACUGGGUCACCGCCAUCCGAGAAGGAGGCAGAGGAGCUUAGCAGGAGUGAGGAAGAGGAGCAGACUGAUAGCUUGAGUGAAAAAACGAGAAGUCCAACUCAAGACAAUAAAACAGGAGGCUGUAGAGGAGAUGAUGAUCUAGCAAAAAGUGAAAAUGGAGAUGAUGAGGAAGUUUACAGCUCCGAGCAAAGCAUUGCAGAAGAAAAGGAUGAAGAAGGAGGAAAGAAAAACCAAAGAUGUGGAGAUGAAGAGAACGAGAAGGAGGUUAAAAGUAAAGAGGGCGGUGAUGUUGAGGAAGACGAUGAGGAGAGCAACGAUGAGGUUCCUCUAAAUAGGAAUCAAAAGGAGGAUAGGGAUGUGGAAGAAGACGAAGAUCAGUCAGAAAAACUGGAGAAUGAAGACAGAGACGACGGGGAGGAGGACUCUGACUCCUUACAGGAUGAAGAUGAGGAGGAGAAAGAAUGUAGUGAGAGGAUAGAAGAGGAGGAGGAGUCAAAUGAAGAGGAAGACCAACUCAGGAGUGAAGAAGGAGGAGACUCUGAGGACAGCAUCAUCUGUCCGCAGGAAAACAGGUCCAAACAGAUGAAGAACAUUCCAGAGGAAGCAGCUGAAGAUGAGGAAGAGGAGUGCGACACUCGGUCCUCAAACAAUAAGUCAAAAGAACCAAGUGAUGAAGAAGAUAUUGAGAAUCUUCUGGCACCUCGAGAGCCAAUAAACAAAAAACAAAAGGCUGUGAAAACCGAGGAGAAGCCAAAAGCCACAUGUCUCAACUUGGGCAUCUUUCAAGUGACGGAGGACGGAGCAAAGACGGGGGAUAAAAGUGACUCGGACGAGUCCGAUCACUUUUAUGACUAAAUGUGACAUGGUGGACACCAUGAAGGUCCUCCAAAUAGCAACUCUGCAGUAGAGGAAGCACCAGAUCUCUGAUGACUUCAGCAGGUCGGACAACACCGAUGGGGUCACUGCGUCACUACAUGCAGGUGUUAAGGAAGCCCAGGUUGAUUUAUCAGCAGCUUUCAGUGUUUAGGUUGUGAAGUCUCUGCCUCUCCUUGUUUUCCAAACGUAACGGCAGUCUGGCCUGUUUGGUGGCUCUUGAAGCUUUGCAGUUUGUGAAUCUUUGGUGAUUCCUUUUGCAUGUCCACCUUUUUCCUUCCACCCAACUUUCCAUCGUUUUUUUCCUUCUUGAACUGAAUACUUUUAAACUUAGAUAUACUACUUUGAGAUGCACUUGCAUCUUUCACAUUAUUUUCUUCUUCGUAUGCUCUAUUUUAUUCUUAAUACAUUUAAUGUCUGUAUGCUGAAACCACUCAGCAUGAAUUCAUUGUGCACACAUCUCACCAAUAAAAAAAAGCCAAUUUUGAUGGAUAGAUAAAAA